AUGCCACCUACGCUCAUCCUCAUCCGCCAUGCCCAGGCGCUACACAACGUCGAACGCAACAUCCAUGACCCGGAUCUCUCCGAGUUGGGCUUCAACCAGCUGAAGGCGCUCAGGGAAAACCUGAUGCAGCACCCAGUCGCCCAGGAUGCCGGCCUCAUCGUCACCAGCCCCAUGAGAAGGACCAUCCAGACCUCGCUGGGCUCGCUGGAUUGGCUGAUCAAGAAGGGAAUCAAAAUCGAGGCCGAUGCAAGCUGGCAAGAAAAUUCGGCCAAACCUUGCGACACAGGAACCCCAGCUCCUGCGUUGGGUGCUGAGUUUCCAGGGGUCGACUUGUCAACCCUGAACCCUGUGUAUCCCGACAAGAUCACACCGGCUGGUGCGCACUAUGCGUACAAUAAGAAGGCGCUUCUGGCACGCGGUCAAGCCGCGUUGAAGAAGCUCUACAGCCGUCCGGAGAAGGUCAUCGUCGUCGUAUCACACUCGGGGUUCUUGAGGCUAUGCGUCACUGGCUGUUGGUACUUCAACUCAGAUUAUCGCAUCUUCGAGUUCGAGCCACGGCAGAAAGACGAUGAGCCAUAUCGCUUGAAACAGAGCCUCGAGACCUUGGAGAGAGGAGGUGGCCUGGGGCUAAGCUUCAAGGAUCCUGUCGUCUUGGGUAGUGACUUGCCUGACGAAGAUAAGACCUUGAACGGAAAGGCAGCAUAA